UAGAGACCCUGGCGAUGCUUGACACGGGGUCACAAAUCACGACAAUACAGCUUUCCACUCUGCGAAGACAUUGGGGAGAAGAACAGUUGCUGUCGCCACCACCUACCUGGCUCCAACUAAUUGCCAGUAAUGGCCUAGAGAUCUCGUGUGCGGGCUAUUGGGAAGCCGACAUUAAGAUCGGGGCAACACUGUUACCCAAGCAGGGAUGUUUGGUCACCACAACCAGCGAGGAGAAAGUAGCUCCCAUAAUUUUGGGGAUGAACGUCUUGCAAAGAUGCCCAGACGAACUGGUCGCGACACUGAGAAGUAAAUUGACCCAAGCCGUGCCUUCCAGCCAGCAAGUUUUACAAAAAACGAUCAAGAUACUCCAAGGGCACCAGAGGUUUGUGCAGAAGACGGGAGAAAUUGGCAAGGUUCGGUUGACAGAUGGGAAGGCCGUGAAGUUACAGCCCAAUUCUGAAACCAUCCUAUGGGGAAAAGCCCGCUGUGGACCAGGUGGUUGCAAGUAUGAAGCACUAAUCGAGUCAGGUUUGCUCUCUGCGAGACAGGAGGUCAUUGUAGCAAGUUCCCUGGUCACCGUGGAGAAUGGAAGGGUCCCAGUGAGAGUACUAAACCCACACAACCACGUAGUCAAGCUAUAUCGGAACCAGCCACUGGCUACCUUACUGUGGACCACGUUUCAAGAUGUAGUACAUCCGAUGUCACCAGCCAAGCAGUGUAAUGCGAAGGUGGAAGAAGAUACGGGUGAAGAUCAAGGUGCGAUGUGGUGGGAUGAAAUACAUAUAGGCGAUGCAGGAACUCCAGAUGAACACCGACAAGGAGUCUUGCAGGUCGUGCGAGAAAAUAUGGACGCGUUUAGUAAAAGCCCGACGGAGUUGGGGAUUGUGGAGAACAUCCAGCACCAAAUUCCCACAGGCGACGCACGCCCCAUCAAGGAACGACAUCGUCCGGUGGCCCCAGGACUAUACCAACCAGUCCGACAGAUGCUGGAAGACAUGAGAAGCAAUGGCGUUAUUCGAGAGAGUCACAGCCCAUGGGCGGCACCGAUGGUGUUGGUGAAGAAAAAAGAUGGCCAGCUACGCUUCUGCGUGGAUUAUAGGAAGCUGAACAGCGUAACCCACCGGGAUGCAUAUCCUUUACCUCGCAUCGAGGAAUCACUGACGGCCCUUAAAGCUGCUAAAUACUUCUCAACCCUAGACUUGACCAGCGGUUAUUGGCAGGUACAGAUGGCAGAGGCCGAUAAAGAGAAGACGGCAUUCGUUACGCCCAUGGGGUUGUACGAAUUCAACCGCAUGCCGUUCGGGCUGUGCAAUGCUCCGGCCACAUUCCAGCGAGUGAUGGAGCAUUGCCUGGGGCACCGGAAUUUCGAAAUUGUGCUGCUGUAUCUGGACGAUAUCAUUAUAUUUUCUAGGACCUACCCCGAACAUCUCCAGCACCUACGUGAGGUAUUCCAACAACUAGCGAAAUACGGGUUGAAAUUGAAACCAAGUAAGUGCCAUCUCUUGAAACCCGAAGUCCAAUACUUGGGACACAUUGUUAACGCAGAAGGAGUCUCUCCAGAUCCGGACAAGAUCAAAGCCGUACUAGAGUGGCCCGUCCCACGUACCGUCAAGGACGUCCGGCGAUUCCUCGGGUUCGUUGGCUAUUACAGGAGGUUCAUCCAAGACUUUGCUAAGGUGGCCACGCCAUUGACUGAGCUACUCCGGGGAAUCCCCAAAGAUGGGUACAACCGAAAGGUCCUGGUGGAGUGGAGUGAGACCCGUCAAUCAUCAUUCGACUACUUGAAAAAGGCGCUAACAGAAGCACCCCUCCUAGCCUAUCCUGACUACAGCAUCCCCUUCCGGCUGUACACAGAUGCCAGCAAACAAGGGCUAGGGGCCGUGUUGGCACAGGUACAAGAAGGGCAGGAACGGGUAGUAGCCUACGCCAGCCGCAGCUUGAGGAAGACCGAGAGGAAUGACGCUAAUUAUAGUGCCUUCAAGCUCGAGUUCCUGGCCCUAGUAUGGGCAGUGACAGAAAAGUUCCGGGACUAUUUGGCCGCUACCCCGUUUGUCGCGGUUACUGACUGUAACCCCAUGGCCCAUCAGGAUACAGCUCGACUGGGAGCAUUGGAACAACGUUGGGCCUCCCGUUUAGCCAACUAUCGCUACAAAAUUGAAUAUAGGAGUGGGCGCAGCAACACGAAUGCCGACGCAUUGUCAAGGCUACCCGUGCCCGAUGAGGAGGAAGAGGAAAUAGACCCAAGAGAACAGGUCGAGAUCCCCACUUUUGGUAGCCACCUCCAAACCCCCAUACAGCACCUGAUGAACAUGAGAGAUGCUGAAGAAACAGAAGUGGCGGUGGGUAAUGAGUGGAUCCGGUGGCAGCAGACAUGUCCACACAUACGACAAGUGAAGGCUUAUCUAAUGGCCAAACGAGAACCAUCCCGAGCGGAGAGAGACACGGCACCUCUUGAAUUCUUGCAGCUGUGGAGGCAACGAGAUAAGCUAAAGAUGCGAGGAGAGUUGUUGUACAAACGGUACACUGACCCGAAGACACACUUGGUGAGUGAACAAAUCCUCAUACCCCGUACAGCAAUAAGCGUGGUCUUACAAGCAUACCAUAACAGAUCUGGCCACUUUGGAAGUAAGAAGACGGAAGCCAAUCUACGAAGCCGGUUCUACUGGCACAACUUGCGACAAGAUACUGAAGAGUGGUGCAAGUCUUGUGUGACCUGUGCGGCCCGGAGACCGACUACCGCUGCAGAAAAAGCACUACUGCACCCAAUUGUGAGCCGAAGUCCUCUAGAGUUAGUGUUCCUCGACCAUGUCAAAAUGGAGCCCAGUCGUACUGGAUACACCCACGUCCUCACCAUUGUGGACCACUACACGAAGUUUGCAGUUGCCUUACCGGUAAGGGACCUAACGGCCAGGACCACCGCAGAAAUCUUCUGGAGGGCGUUUGUUCGACCAUAUGGAUUCCCACAGAAGAUUCUUUCGGACCAAGGCCCGUCUUUUGAGUCUCAGCUUUUCAAAGAACUGUGUGCCCUUUAUGGCUGUGACAAACUACGCACGACCCCAUAUCACCCCCAGGGAAAUGGCGCAUGUGAACGCCUGAAUCAAACACUCAUCCACAUGUUACGGGCGUUUCCCCCAGCUCAAAGAUCUGAGUGGCCUACAUUGCUAGCAGAACUGACAUUCAUUUACAAUCAUACGUGCCACACCUCUACAGGGUACUCACCCUAUUAUCUGCUUUUCGGACGCCCAGGAAAACUACCGGCUGAUUUGCAGCUCCACCUUCCAGAUACAGAGACACAAGUACAAUUACAGACCCCUUGGGUACGCGAACACCAGCGUAGAUUACAUGAGGCUAGCAUACUCGUGGAUCAACGCCUGAAGGCGAUGCAUGAACGUCAAAGGAGAGACUACGAUAGAAAUGCACAGGCGUGCCCUUUACCUGUGGGGAGUAUUGUUUUCAAAAAGAACAACAGACCCCAAAGUAAACUGGAUUCUAAGUGGGAGCUGAGUCCGUACGUGAUUACAGAGGAACCUCUAUCCACGAUGGCUGUCUAUCAGAUUACUAGACAGGAUGGCACCCGGCCACAGUGGGUCCAUCGAAAUCAAAUCAAACCCUACUCCAGUCAGGAUAAAGAGCCUGAAGAAGUGCUGACCGAUGAUCGGGACAAAAGACUAUACAUUGCCAACAAACCCCUACCUCAACUACCAACUAAUCCACUUGAACUACUGAUGAAUGUGAGUUGGCCGACAAUGCCUUCCCAGGUCCAACCCUGUUUACCGGACAUUGUCCAAGUACCCAUUGUCCAGGUGGAGGUGCCUCCUGACUCUGAACUGAGGCGUUCCACUAGAAGUACCAGGGGCACUCUUCCACAUCGUUACCAAGAUUACGGAGAUGCCAACAAGCCACAGUGUACCACAUUUACAGAAUUCAAAAAUAAACUCAAAUCUAUGUUCCGGUUGUAUACCUUGAACGAACAGCAGAAAGUCGAGAUUCUGGUAGGUCAACUCACAGGGUCAGCUCUAAGAGAAGUCAUAUCCUGGCCCACUGAAAAUAAGAAAGAGGUAGACCAGAUCUUAAAAAGAUUGUCCACUACUUUUGAGACAAAAACCCUCCCCGAGUUAAAAAUGAAGCUGUAUGCGCGCAAACAGCAACCGGGCGAGACCCUCCGAGACUACGCCCUGAGUUUACAAGAGACACUAAGAGCGAUCCAAGCAGUUGACAAAGAUGAAGUCAGAAAUGCAGACGAAGCGCUAACGGUUCAGUUUAUAGAAGGAGCCUCAAGGGAGAGUGUCAAAACCCAACUACGACUACUCAAAAUGCAAAUGCCGGGUAAAACCUUCCUAGACUUCAAGGAAGCCGCCAUCACAAUAACUGGAAACCAAUCGGGAAGAGAAGAAGAGUACCCAGAGCUGGUGGACUUCAGAGAAUCCUCAGAGCUGAUGGGAGCUACUGCUUCCAGUCCCGAAAGACCAAAACGAGUCCGAGAUCCAGUGGUGCAGAGUAGUCAGCACCCCUCAGGAGAUCAGAUACAAACCCUACGCAAGCAGAUGGAAGAGUUAACGGAACUGCGACCAGAUCGAACAUUUAAACUCCAACACCCCGAGGGCGAGGGCCGAACCUCGGGGAGAACAUCGGGAGUAGAUCCAGACCCAGAACAAUGGAGGCCCCAAUACAUCGGACAAUGCCCGACAUUACCCGUGGUCAUCAAUGGAGUAGAGACCCUGGCGAUGCUUGACACGGGGUCACAAAUCACGACAAUACAGCUUUCCACUCUGCGAAGACAUUGGGGAGAAGAACAGUUGCUGUCGCCACCACCUACCUGGCUCCAACUAAUUGCCAGUAAUGGCCUAGAGAUCUCGUGUGCGGGCUAUUGGGAAGCCGACAUUAAGAUCGGGGCAACACUGUUACCCAAGCAGGGAUGUUUGGUCACCACAACCAGCGAGGAGAAAGUAGCUCCCAUAAUUUUGGGGAUGAACGUCUUGCAAAGAUGCCCAGACGAACUGGUCGCGACACUGAGAAGUAAAUUGACCCAAGCCGUGCCUUCCAGCCAGCAAGUUUUACAAAAAACGAUCAAGAUACUCCAAGGGCACCAGAGGUUUGUGCAGAAGACGGGAGAAAUUGGCAAGGUUCGGUUGACAGAUGGGAAGGCCGUGAAGUUACAGCCCAAUUCUGAAACCAUCCUAUGGGGAAAAGCCCGCUGUGGACCAGGUGGUUGCAAGUAUGAAGCACUAAUCGAGUCAGGUUUGCUCUCUGCGAGACAGGAGGUCAUUGUAGCAAGUUCCCUGGUCACCGUGGAGAAUGGAAGGGUCCCAGUGAGAGUACUAAACCCACACAACCACGUAGUCAAGCUAUAUCGGAACCAGCCACUGGCUACCUUACUGUGGACCACGUUUCAAGAUGUAGUACAUCCGAUGUCACCAGCCAAGCAGUGUAAUGCGAAGGUGGAAGAAGAUACGGGUGAAGAUCAAGGUGCGAUGUGGUGGGAUGAAAUACAUAUAGGCGAUGCAGGAACUCCAGAUGAACACCGACAAGGAGUCUUGCAGGUCGUGCGAGAAAAUAUGGACGCGUUUAGUAAAAGCCCGACGGAGUUGGGGAUUGUGGAGAACAUCCAGCACCAAAUUCCCACAGGCGACGCACGCCCCAUCAAGGAACGACAUCGUCCGGUGGCCCCAGGACUAUACCAACCAGUCCGACAGAUGCUGGAAGACAUGAGAAGCAAUGGCGUUAUUCGAGAGAGUCACAGCCCAUGGGCGGCACCGAUGGUGUUGGUGAAGAAAAAAGAUGGCCAGCUACGCUUCUGCGUGGAUUAUAGGAAGCUGAACAGCGUAACCCACCGGGAUGCAUAUCCUUUACCUCGCAUCGAGGAAUCACUGACGGCCCUUAAAGCUGCUAAAUACUUCUCAACCCUAGACUUGACCAGCGGUUAUUGGCAGGUACAGAUGGCAGAGGCCGAUAAAGAGAAGACGGCAUUCGUUACGCCCAUGGGGUUGUACGAAUUCAACCGCAUGCCGUUCGGGCUGUGCAAUGCUCCGGCCACAUUCCAGCGAGUGAUGGAGCAUUGCCUGGGGCACCGGAAUUUCGAAAUUGUGCUGCUGUAUCUGGACGAUAUCAUUAUAUUUUCUAGGACCUACCCCGAACAUCUCCAGCACCUACGUGAGGUAUUCCAACAACUAGCGAAAUACGGGUUGAAAUUGAAACCAAGUAAGUGCCAUCUCUUGAAACCCGAAGUCCAAUACUUGGGACACAUUGUUAACGCAGAAGGAGUCUCUCCAGAUCCGGACAAGAUCAAAGCCGUACUAGAGUGGCCCGUCCCACGUACCGUCAAGGACGUCCGGCGAUUCCUCGGGUUCGUUGGCUAUUACAGGAGGUUCAUCCAAGACUUUGCUAAGGUGGCCACGCCAUUGACUGAGCUACUCCGGGGAAUCCCCAAAGAUGGGUACAACCGAAAGGUCCUGGUGGAGUGGAGUGAGACCCGUCAAUCAUCAUUCGACUACUUGAAAAAGGCGCUAACAGAAGCACCCCUCCUAGCCUAUCCUGACUACAGCAUCCCCUUCCGGCUGUACACAGAUGCCAGCAAACAAGGGCUAGGGGCCGUGUUGGCACAGGUACAAGAAGGGCAGGAACGGGUAGUAGCCUACGCCAGCCGCAGCUUGAGGAAGACCGAGAGGAAUGACGCUAAUUAUAGUGCCUUCAAGCUCGAGUUCCUGGCCCUAGUAUGGGCAGUGACAGAAAAGUUCCGGGACUAUUUGGCCGCUACCCCGUUUGUCGCGGUUACUGACUGUAACCCCAUGGCCCAUCAGGAUACAGCUCGACUGGGAGCAUUGGAACAACGUUGGGCCUCCCGUUUAGCCAACUAUCGCUACAAAAUUGAAUAUAGGAGUGGGCGCAGCAACACGAAUGCCGACGCAUUGUCAAGGCUACCCGUGCCCGAUGAGGAGGAAGAGGAAAUAGACCCAAGAGAACAGGUCGAGAUCCCCACUUUUGGUAGCCACCUCCAAACCCCCAUACAGCACCUGAUGAACAUGAGAGAUGCUGAAGAAACAGAAGUGGCGGUGGGUAAUGAGUGGAUCCGGUGGCAGCAGACAUGUCCACACAUACGACAAGUGAAGGCUUAUCUAAUGGCCAAACGAGAACCAUCCCGAGCGGAGAGAGACACGGCACCUCUUGAAUUCUUGCAGCUGUGGAGGCAACGAGAUAAGCUAAAGAUGCGAGGAGAGUUGUUGUACAAACGGUACACUGACCCGAAGACACACUUGGUGAGUGAACAAAUCCUCAUACCCCGUACAGCAAUAAGCGUGGUCUUACAAGCAUACCAUAACAGAUCUGGCCACUUUGGAAGUAAGAAGACGGAAGCCAAUCUACGAAGCCGGUUCUACUGGCACAACUUGCGACAAGAUACUGAAGAGUGGUGCAAGUCUUGUGUGACCUGUGCGGCCCGGAGACCGACUACCGCUGCAGAAAAAGCACUACUGCACCCAAUUGUGAGCCGAAGUCCUCUAGAGUUAGUGUCCCUCGACCAUGUCAAAAUGGAGCCCAGUCGUACUGGAUACACCCACGUCCUCACCAUUGUGGACCACUACACGAAGUUUGCAGUUGCCUUACCGGUAAGGGACCUAACGGCCAGGACCACCGCAGAAAUCUUCUGGAGGGCGUUUGUUCGACCAUAUGGAUUCCCACAGAAGAUUCUUUCGGACCAAGGCCCGUCUUUUGAGUCUCAGCUUUUCAAAGAACUGUGUGCCCUUUAUGGCUGUGACAAACUACGCACGACCCCAUAUCACCCCCAGGGAAAUGGCGCAUGUGAACGCCUGAAUCAAACACUCAUCCACAUGUUACGGGCGUUUCCCCCAGCUCAAAGAUCUGAGUGGCCUACAUUGCUAGCAGAACUGACAUUCAUUUACAAUCAUACGUGCCACACCUCUACAGGGUACUCACCCUAUUAUCUGCUUUUCGGACGCCCAGGAAAACUACCGGCUGAUUUGCAGCUCCACCUUCCAGAUACAGAGACACAAGUACAAUUACAGACCCCUUGGGUACGCGAACACCAGCGUAGAUUACAUGAGGCUAGCAUACUCGUGGAUCAACGCCUGAAGGCGAUGCAUGAACGUCAAAGGAGAGACUACGAUAGAAAUGCACAGGCGUGCCCUUUACCUGUGGGGAGUAUUGUUUUCAAAAAGAACAACAGACCCCAAAGUAAACUGGAUUCUAAGUGGGAGCUGAGUCCGUACGUGAUUACAGAGGAACCUCUAUCCACGAUGGCUGUCUAUCAGAUUACUAGACAGGAUGGCACCCGGCCACAGUGGGUCCAUCGAAAUCAAAUCAAACCCUACUCCAGUCAGGAUAAAGAGCCUGAAGAAGUGCUGACCGAUGAUCGGGACAAAAGACUAUACAUUGCCAACAAACCCCUACCUCAACUACCAACUAAUCCACUUGAACUACUGAUGAAUGUGAGUUGGCCGACAAUGCCUUCCCAGGUCCAACCCUGUUUACCGGACAUUGUCCAAGUACCCAUUGUCCAGGUGGAGGUGCCUCCUGACUCUGAACUGAGGCGUUCCACUAGAAGUACCAGGGGCACUCUUCCACAUCGUUACCAAGAUUAAUGUUAGUACUGCAUAACCAUGUCGUGUAAGUUAUAUGUUGAUGUGAUACGUUUUGAAAAUGUGAUCAAGUACACUGUUAUAUUGGUAAACUGCUGCAAAUUAUGUUAGGUCUAUGCGUGAGGACACGCACUUGAAAAAGUGGGGUUGAAUGUGGUACCCUGCAGGGUCCCUGAACAGCCCAGUAGUAAGGCCUGCAUGCUGUAGAUAAAAGUACAGGACUUCCUGGAGAUAAUGUAUCCUGGUGCCUUUAAGGAUUAGAGGAGGGGCGGGACCUACCCAGGGGUUUGAUUGACAGACUGGUGAGAGGAGACUGGAUUGGCUGGUGGAAGAGCAGGAAGAGGCGGAUUUUGAGGACUCAGUGUGAGAAGUGCAGCAGCAUGGAAGGAAGCAGGAGAGUGAGCUGGUAAGGUGACCAGGCUGACAGGAUAAUUUGCCACCACUGACUGCACUAGUGAUCAGUGGCUAGCUAGGAGAGUGCUGCGGGCAGAGGUUCCAGUGACACAGCCAGCCAUACAGCAUCGGGUGUGGGCGACACCCCAGCAGAGAACCGAAGCAGAGUUUGGAAGUUCGGUGACUGCACGACCCGUGGAGCGCCUCACAGACAAGGAGCAACCGCGUGCGCAGCAGUGAAAACUGCACAUACCGGUGAGACACCACAUUUUUGGAAAGAGUUGGGGAAAGACACUGAUAGUCACCACACCACAUGCGUCUGAGACACCAUCGCAACCCCCAUUGUCAGCACCUGUGAAUUAGGACCACCCCUGCUCAUUUACCCUGUUCCUAAAGUACUCUGAAGGGUAAAAAAGGGGUCCGCACAGCCCUUACUCCACUGUCCUACCUAACGGGAUAGACUGACCAAACCAGAUUAAGCACCCCUCCCUAUACCAGGACUGUAUCCUCAUUGGAGGGCUACAAAAUACUAACUCUCUUGUAAGAAGAGGGGAGAGGGGCUACCCAGGAGAGCUAUUAGCCCAGUUGGGAAUGCGCAUAUCAUUACUUACACUGAUUUGUGGAGAGACAGCACCACCUACUGACUGUAGUUGAGACGAACCCAGGUUGUAUGCAGAUAUUUACCUGAACCAGCAGUAGGUCUCCUGCAUAACAGAUGCCCCAGAGAGAGAGUUAAUAACUGGAAAAGGAUACACGUUGCUCGGGAGAUAUUUAAUGUACGCAAAGGGACGCCUCAGUAAACUCCUGUGCACAGGUCAAAAGACAACCCGGGUUGCUCUGAACAUACCUCGCACCAUUGGGUACCCAAUAGAGACAUAAUUUGGUGCAUCAAGGUCAUUAAGAAAUACGUUAGAGGAGUAUUGUAUUAAUAUUGUGGUUUUGCAUGCAAAGUGCGUGUUUAUUGGCAAAUAGUGUCGCCUUCCAGUAUUAGUGGUAUUGCUGCGGUUCGUCCUAGUGAAUUGUUAUUUACAGAACCUAUGGGCUGGUUGCUCCCGGGUGAAGCAGCGUAUCACCCAUAUUUGGAAAAGCUGCGGCCGACCUAAGUGUUUCAUAGAUGUUGAUGCAAUUCUAUGUCGUUUUGGUGAUUACUAUGUUGUACGCGUUCUAAAGCUAGAGUAAUAGUUGUUUACACAAAAGUAUAUUACCUGCAUUUGAUAUUCGAGAUUCAUCCACAAUCGACUAGUUAAUAAAAACAGAUGCAGUUGGAAAAUUGUUAUUCCUUUCAUUGAAGUGUAGUUGUCUCCUCAUUCACCGGAAACAAAGUACCGAGAUUCUCCAGAGUUGCAUCCAGCGAACGGAGGUAAGGAAGACUCACCCGGU